CUCCCCCCCAAGUGUGCUGCGAGCCGAGACCUGAGCUGCACGGACAGUCUGCGUGUUGGCUCGGCUUUUCUCGGCUUCUGCGAGGCACCAUGGCUUACAUUGCCAAGUCCUUCUACGACCUCAGUGCCAUCAGCCUGGACGGGGAAAAGAUCGAUUUCAAUACCUUCCGAGGCAGGGCCGUGCUCAUUGAGAAUGUGGCCUCUCUCUGAGGCACAACCACACGGGACUACACCCAACUCAAUGAGCUGCAAUGCCGCUUUCCCCGGCGCCUGGUGGUUCUCGGCUUCCCUUGCAACCAAUUUGGACAUCAGGAGAACUGUCAGAAUGAGGAGAUCCUGAACAGUCUCAAGUACGUACGCCCAGGGGGUGGAUUCCAACCCACCUUUACCCUUGCCCAGAAGUGUGAGGUGAACGGUCAGAAUGAGCAUCCAGUCUUCGCCUACCUGAAGGACAAGCUCCCCUACCCCUACGACGACCCCUUUUCCCUCAUGACCGACCCCAAGUUCAUCAUUUGGAGCCCUGUGCGGCGCUCUGAUGUGGCCUGGAACUUUGAGAAGUUCCUUAUCGGGCCAGAGGGGGAGCCCUUCCGCCGCUACAGCCGCACCUUCCAGACCAUCGACAUAGAGCCCGACAUCAAGCGCCUCCUCAAAGUGGCCAUAUAGAAGAGAGCUGCUCAGCGCCCGGGUCUCUCCAUCCAGCCUCUCGUGAACCUUCCUCGUUCAGCGUGCCUUCAGGAGACGUUGCUGGAGCACAGGUUGCACAUCAGUCUCCUGUGCGUUAGAAUGUUGCCCUUCCCGUCGGCACGUUUCCUUCCCCUUUCCCUCCAACUUUCUGAUGGGUGAUGCAACUCGGAUUCCCAAAGCUGGGGCAAACUCUGGGCCUUCACAGAAUGAUGGCACCUCCCUAAAUCCACGGGGUGGUGUCUGAGGCAUGUGAGGGCCUGGAAACAGCCUGCUAGACAAGUCUAAUAAAAGAACCAGUGCGGAAAAACA